ACUGAGAAUAUGUUAUUACUCUGAUGGGGACAGUCAGACAAGCCUUUUCUGAGAUAUAACCAACCAUCGAUAUACCGAUACACCGAGACACAAGGACGGCAUCACGGCAUCACUGUCUCCUGAAUACACUGUGAACAGCGCUGAUUUGGAAGAAUCGUGAUCAAGGUAUUUUUAUCAAUAGAAGGUGUGGUGUGUUUGACCCAUAAUGACCCAAAAUGACUCUGACGUCUGGUUCGGGGAGUCUUCAGGUUCAGGAAUGUCUUCACCUCUUUCCCUGCUGGACCAAUCAGAUCCCACGGCCAUGCCUGAGGCCUCUCCUCUCAGCCUAUGGGGAGUGGCACUGUGCGUAUCGGGAACUCUCAUCGUGUCCGAAAACGCCAUCGUAGUGGCUGCCAUCUUGGCUACGCCUUCUCUCCGCGCUCCUGUCUUCCUACUCCUCGCCAGCCUGGCAUUAGCCGACCUGCUGGCGGGCGUGGCCUUGAUCCUCCACUUCCUGUUCCUGUUUUGUGUGGAGCCCACGGAUUGGUCGGAGCUGAUGACGUCAGGGUUGCUGGCGACAUCACUGACGGCCUCACUCCUCAGCCUGAUGGGCGUGGCCCUGGAUCGAUACCUGUCUCUAAGCAAAGCCCUCACCUACGGCUCCCGCCACUCGCGCCGCUGCGCCGCUGGUCUUCUGGCACUCGUCUGGCUGGGGUCUUGUCUGAUUGGCUCGGGUCCGGUGCUGGGGUGGCACUGCCUCAAUGACAUCACAUCCUGUUCCGUUGCGCGACCUCUGACCCGGACAUACCUGUCGUUGCUCUGCGGCGGCUUCCUUCUGGUCGUCAUGGUCACGCUGCAGCUGUACACCGGGAUCUGCCGUGUCGCAAGGAGGCACGCCCACGCCAUCGCCACGCAGAGACACUUCCUGCCUGACGACCAAUCGUAUGCCAGCAAGCACGGGGGCCGGGGUAAGGGACUCUCUCGGCUGUUGUUAGUCCUCGGGGUGUUCGUCAGCUGCUGGACGCCCUUCGCCCUCUACGGUUUGCUGGGCGACGCAUCAAGCUCGCCCCUGUAUACGUACGCUACGUUAGUGCCGGCUGCGGGAAACUCUCUGCUCAACCCUCUGCUGUAUAGCCUGAGGAACAGAGACAUACGACUGGUGCUGCUGCACGCCUGCUGUCCUCACAGACACAACACACACAGGCCUGUUGAUGUGUAGGAUGGACGGACACACACACACACACAGCUACAUUGACUGCCCCAUAUACGUGAAAAAUCAAUAGAGAACAUCAUCAUCACUUGCACUUCAGAUAAGAAGCAAUGAGAAUGUACUGUUCCAGAAGACAGCCAUCUUGGAAUCAGCUGGAAUCAAAUGUGACGUACUGUAUCAUCUUAACAUGUGCCUCAUCCUCACCUAACAUGUCGACCAUCCAGUCUGAUGCAAUCACAGAGGUCCAACGUAAUUCAUCUGGAUCCAACAUACAUGCUUUAGGAGCACGGGACAGUGGGUCUAUACAAUGAUGCUAUUAUAAGAUACUAUAUUAUAAGCCUUUGGAUGGUUUGUUGGGACUAUAUACUAUGCUGCUGUCGGUGAACUCCAGAACACUUAGAAAGGGCACUGUCAAAAGGCACUGUGACUAUCUCUGAAAAGGUUUCAGUUUGCACAAUGUUGUUUUUUAUAAAAUGUACAAAUGUUGUCUUUUUCUACUUCAAAAAUAAAAGCAAAUUUAUUUUGUAUGCAAAAACUGAA